AUGACUAGAUCAAUUAUCUGUGUGCUCAGCUUUCUCAUUUCACAAGCUGCAGGAAGUUACUACUGCCUCUACGACGACGGGUUAACCACAGAUUACGUGUGGUGCACUUGGGGAUGUUGUGAUAACGGACUUCUGGAGCCGUGUUGUGAUCAACCACUCUACGCGGGUACUCCUUUCAUCGCCGGGCUGACGUGCGGUUCAGUAGCUCUGGUCUGUGCUGUCAUUGGCAUUCUGAUAUACAGAAGACGGCGAUACAACACAACAACAGUGCAGUAUGGGCCCACAGUACAGCCGCAUGUCUUCAGUAGCACCACUUCAACUAGCUCACAUGCUGGAUACAGUAAUCCUGGCUUCACAUCGACAACUCAAGCUUACUACUAG